AUGUCGGGUUCGGUACAGUUGAGGGUGUUCCCGGAGCGCUGCCUGUUCGAUGAUCCUCUCCGGCUGGAGGUGAGCGGCUUGAUCCCCGGACAGGAGGUGACUCUCCGCACCGAGCUGACCGAUGAAGGCGGGGAGCCGUUCACUUCCCUGGGUCGGUACAGAGCCGGGAGCGGAGGGGAGCUGGAGCUGAGCCGGAGCCCGGCGCUGGAGGGCGGCACCUUCACCGGAGUAGAAGCGGAGGGGCCCCUGUGGGCUCUGGAGCCCCGGAAUGGUGUGAGGAGGAUGGUGAAGAAGGACGUGCGGAGCCCCCUGAUUGUCCGCUUCUCCCUCCACCAGGAGCCGGCCGGAGCUGUGCUGAGCACUGCGGUCCAGGAGAGGAGCUUCCUGGGGGAAGGAGUCCGGAGGAUCGGGGUGAGGGAGGGCGCAGUGCGGGCCACUCUCUUCAUACCGCCCGGACCCGGACCAUUUCCCGGAGUGAUUGAAAUUCCAGGGACAGGCGGAGGACUGCUAGAAUAUAAAGCUAGCCUAUUAGCCAGUAGAGGGUUUGCCACAAUGGCACUGGCGUACUACAACUAUGAAGAUCUCCCAAAGGAAAUGAAAGCUUUUUGCUUGGAGUACUUUGAAGAGGCGUUGAAUUACAUGCUGCAGCAUCCAGAGGUUAAAGGUCCAGGAGUAGGUCUUCUUGGCCAUUCUAAAGGUGGAGAUUUGGUGCUUUCUAUGACGUCCUUCCUGAAAGGUAUAACCGCUGCAGCUGUAGUAAAUGGAUCUGUGGCCAAUAUUGCAGCAGACCUUCACUACAAAGACAUCACACUGCCUGCUAUUGGCUAUGACCCCAAAAAAGCGAAAUUCCCACAGCCAGGAUUUGUCGAUAUCAGGGACAUUUUUAACAAUCCAUUAGAAGAACCGAAUCGUCAGAGCCUUAUUCCUGUUGGAAGAGCAGAUUGCAAGUUUCUCUUUAUCGUGGGAGAAGAUGACAGGAACUGGAAAAGCGACUUUUAUGCUCGGACUGCCUGCAAACUUUUGGAAGAGCAAGGGAAAGAAAAACCAGAGGUUGUGUACUAUGCCAAAGCAGGACAUUACAUUGAGCCGCCUUACUUCCCCCUGUGUAAAGCUUCCAUGCAUAAGCUUGUUGGUCUGCCAUGUGUUUGGGGCGGGGAACUUAAAGAGCACAAUUUUGCACAAGUAGAUUCCUGGCAGAGAAUUCAGGCUUUCUUCCGCAAGCACUUAAAUCAGGAAAGUCCCUCAAGCAAACUAUGA